AUGUUCGUUCUACUCGUGGUGUUCGCAGUGUUGCUGCUGCUCCUGUUCUUGGACUACGCGAAUAAGGUGCGCUUCAGCUGGAUCACCAACAACCUUCCGACGGUCCCGAAAUGCUACCCGUUGAUCGGCAACGUGCUCAUGUUCACCGGCAAGUCCAAGGUGGACCGGUUCGAGCUGUUCAAUCGGGCGUUCCGCGCCAAAAACCGACUACAGCUGGCAUGGGCUGGCCCGAGCCCGUUCGUCAUGGUGCUGCAUCCGGAUCUGAUCUCGAAGGUGCUGUGUGACCCGAACUGCUGCGAUCGACCCAUGUUCUACCGAUUUCUGAAGCUGAAGUUGGGCAUCUUUUCCGCGGAGUACGAUUUCUGGAAGCCCGCCCGCAAGAUGCUGAACCCGACGUUCAACGUGAAAACGCUGAACGACUUUGUUCCACUGUUUGAGAAGUGCGCUUUGAUGAUGGUUGAUCGGUUGAAGAGUUGUCCCAAGGGGGUUGCGCUGGAUAUUGCGGAGUACACGCGACGAUGUGCGUUGGAGAUGGUCCUGGCGACUACCCUGGGGGCGAGUGUACUCGUUCGGGACGAGAAUGAAAAGUUUCUGGAGUGUUUGAGAAUAUUGUUCGUAAUCGUUGGAAAGCGAAUGUUCAACGGGCUUCUCUUCUCGGAUCUGAUCUACAGCUUUACUCAGGAUUACGUCGAUGAGGAACGUGCUCGAAAGUUUGUGACGGAAUUCUCGUUGAAAAUCAUCAAAGAGCGUCAAGAGGUGCUCAAAGGAACCUCACGCGAGGAGGAGUCCGAGGAAGGCAUCCGUACGUCGAGGAUCUUCAUCGAUCAGCUGCUCACCAUGGCGGACACCGACGGUCAGCUUACCGACGAGAAUAUCUGCGAGCAGAUCCUCACGAUUAUCAUAGCGGGCAGUGACACCUCAGGCUUCACCGUCGCCUACACCUGCCUCUUUCUGGCCAUGUUCCCCCACCACCAGGACCGUCUCAUGGAGGAAAUCGACACGUUCCAUCCACCAGGCGGCCCCGCCAUCACCCCAGACACCCUCAAAGACCUUCCCUUCAUGGACCAAUUCCUGAAGGAAAGCAUGCGGAUCGCUCCGAUGGGUCCGCUCGUGGGUCGUCAGAACACCGCCGACAUCGAGCUGGACGGGCACCGAAUCCCCAAAGGAACGUCGCUCUCGCUCAACUUCUUCGAGCUGCACCGCCGGCAGGACAUCUGGGGACCGAACGCGCACCAGUUUGAUCCGGAGAACUUUGCGCCGGAACGGACCGAGGGACGGCACCCGUUUGCGUUUGUGCCGUUCAGUUCCGGCUAUCGGAACUGCAUCGGCUGGAAGUACGCCAUGAUCAACACCAAGGUGAUGCUGAUUCACAUUUUGCGGAACUUUAGGCUGAAGACGGAGCUGCGGUUUGAGGAGCUGAGGUUCGCUUCGAGCGUGACGCUGGACAUGCUGCACAAGCACAUGGUGGUGCUGGAGCCGAGGAGUAGAGUGUGAGAGUUGGA